AUGGAAAUGUGCGAGCGGAAUCCUUUAAAUCCCGGCUAUGUUGGUUCUCUUUUGAAUUUGACUUCGCCCGAGUCGCUGUAUUUCUCCAACUUGCGGGGUAAUGGAGCCCACUUACCCGGGCUGCACCAGCUCCCCUACAAUAGGAGAGACGUGUGCACGCUCCCAUGGGCUUCUUCGAGUGCGUGCGCGUCUGGACCGACGGCACCACCUCAGAGUCGCGCCUUCGGAGGCUACUGUCCGCCGUUUCUUUCCAACUCGGUGUCUAUAAACACGAACUGUUCCAGCGGCCACGCCAAGGCGCAUCUGGACCCGUCGGCCAGAUGCUUCCAGGUCACGAACCAUAAGACACAGGAGUCUGCCCGGCGAGAUGAGGUUUACGCGGUGCAGCCUGCGGCCGCCAGUGACCGCGGCUUCUCGGACCUGGACGGCAGGUCUCACGGUUCCGCGGCCCAGCUCGGCCGGGAUUCAGCCGGUUCGUUGUCCGUGAACGACACCAAACAGGAGCAGAUCCCACCUCACCCGUCAUCUAGUCACGCGUGCUCAAGGACGACUUUUGCAGAAGCUGCGCCAUGGUGCGCGUCACAGGUGAAAACCAGAAAGAAGAGGAAACCUUACACCAAGCUACAACUGGCUGAACUUGAGAAUGAAUUCAUGAUGAAUGAAUUCAUCAACAGACAGAAACGAAAGGAUUUGUCAGAAAGACUGGACCUGAGUGACCAACAAGUGAAAAUAUGGUUUCAGAACCGGAGGAUGAAGAAGAAACGACUGAUGAUGCGCGAGCAUGUUUUCUCCGCUUACUGAUGACCUUUGGACUUGAUCGUGACAAAGAAUACGAGUCUACUAUUGAUGUGCAGCACAUCUCCUGCUCUGGGCACACACCUUUUGGUUUGUGGCAUGGACCUGUACUUACAGAUAUGUAAAAAAAAAAGUAUUAUAUUUGUGUGGAUCUAUAUGGUGCCAUUAUAUUCAAUGAUAUUAAGUGUAAAAGAUCACUGAUCCUUUCCAAUUGGUCUUUUGUAAGAAGAUUCCCCAAAUCCGCAACAGGCCCUGGAUCCUGAUUGGCCUGCGGGGUAUGAUAUACCUUUAAAUUGUUUAUCAUCAAGCUCAAAAUGAUAUGAUAACUCAACCUUUUUAAAUAUGAUAUAUUAUAUUAGUAUAUUAGUCUGCCUGUUUGUGUAUUUCGUGUAAUUUCCUGUUCUUGUGGUGAGGGCCGAUUGUGGAAGAAAACAGUCAAGUUCAUGUUUACGUGACAGAUAAAAGAUUAACAAGUCAGUAUUACGAGAUAUAUUAUUAUUGCAUGUCUAUUUCCUAAUUGUUGUUCAAUUGAAUUCAGCCAUUCUCUCCAAUUCAAUGUAAACUGAAUGAGAGAAGUGUUUUUUUCGUUCUAUACAGGCGGCGUAAACAUUCAAUUGCUUCGUUGAAGAAGUUCAUUUUGUGCAAUCGUGUUUGCAAAAGAAAUAUCUACGUCGAUAGCAAACAUGCUGAUGUUGUGGAUUUUAAAUGCUUUAUAACUGUAAUGAUGUAAUCGUGGAUUUUUUUCUUCUUUUCAGACCUGGUUUUGUGUUGCUAUCGGGACAGAAUUUCAGAUCCUUCCCCUUUGCUCUAAUGUUGUCUUUUGACAUUCUUGCUUCGGUGAGCAUAUUUUCGGAUUGAA